AUGCCCAGGAAACCAACAUGGCCGACCGGAAGUACAGAGUCCCGAAGCCUAAAGACCACAACUCCCGGCAUUCUGCGGGGCACGAGGCCUGGCCACGGCUAUGGCUCAUGCGCGAAGACUCUCCUCGUGCAGUGCCGAUUCUUCAUCAGCAGGUGGGAGCAGAGUGCCACGUGCCGCUACUGCGCAUGUGCUGCGUAUCUCCUUCUGCAAUACCAAUUUUUGUCCAGCAGGUGGGAGCAGAGAGCGAGUCGCCGCCGUGACUCUUCUUCCCCUGCAGUACCGCUAUUUGGCCAGCAGGUGUCACCCGACACCGGCCCGGCGCCCGUGCCGACCCAGCCGUCUCCGCCCAUGCGCGGAAGCAGAACUGCAGCCACAGCUUCCAAAACCGUCUGCUCGAAAAGGGAAGCAGCGGAAACCAGGCAGAACACCGCACGAAAACGGCAAGAAAUGGCACCCCGCUUCACUGACGCGGAGGAAAGAACUGCUGUUCCAAACUACCCACGUGCCGCUCCGGGCUUGGAAUCUGAGUGGCAACGUGAAACUACAUUUCCCGGCGUGCCCCGGAAAGCAACUUGGCCAACCGGAAGCCCAGAGCCCAACGACCACAACUCCCGCAUCUGGUGGUGGAGGAGGAAGAAAGAAGAGUCCUGGUGUGGAGCUGUGAGGCAAGAGGAGCGGAGGACUGAUGAGGUGGCAAGAGAAAGGCAGCCAGGGCAAAGGGAAUCCCCUGUCACCGGGGCUGCGGUCACGUGAGAGCGUAGCUGGUUUGUGCUGGGUGCCCUCCCUGUAAGCAGGGCUGGGUCUUUGCGCUUUUUUUGGCCUUUUAGCCUGUUGCUCCUCUGGCUGCCCAGAGAGUGCGCCCCCCCUGUAGCAGGGCAAGAGGCAGCGUCUCCGCACCCAAAGGGGAGAUGGGGCUCACCAGACCCCGAGGCCUUCCUGUAAGCAGGGGAGGUCUGUUUCCCUGCUCCUGCAGCCCCAGCGGCUUUCUGCCUGCCGUCGGCCCAGCCAGUGUGACCCUCUGUCAUAGGGGCAUGUCACGGCUCUUGGCCUUUGCCUCCCGGGAAGCCCCUUUUGGCAUGUUGAGGCCUGUGGCCUCCAUGCAGCCCCUCGGGGCCGGCCUGAGGCUCUCCCAUCCUGCUGGCAGGGAUGAAGAGGCUGCUCCCCAGGCGCUGGCUGCAUGGAGCUCUCUUUCUCUUCUGGAACACCAACUUUACCCCACAAAAGGAAUGGAGGAGGAAAAACAGUGAUGGGUGGCAGGACAGAUGGAGGAAGAAAAAACAGGGACAGGGAGCAGGACAUAGGAAGGAAUAGAGAGCAAGGAGAAGAAAGGGCAGAGAAUCAAAGAGAAACAGAGGGACACAGAUUGGGACAGAGGAAUCAAGAGAACAAUAAAUUAGUGGGAAGAAAGACAGGGACAGUGACCUAUAGAAAAAUAAACCAGGGACAGUGAGCAGGACAGAGAGAAAGAGAGAAAAAGGACAGGAAGAAGGAAAGAAGAAUAGAGAAGGAAUGGCACAGGGAGCAGGACAGAGAGA